CCACUAUUGCCCGAUAUAAAACCUGGCACGGCUGGCCACCGACUCACAGUUGUUGCCGUUCGGCCGACACUCGCUCUCCAUCUCAAGACAAUGGCGCCGGGACACCUGGUGCUGACCGUCCUGGCGGCGGUCGCGGCUGUGAAGGGCGUGCCACAGUUUGGCGGCCCGCUGCCCCAGCAGCCGCUGCCCCAGCAGGGUCCCAAUGGAGCGCCCCUACCCCCCGGACUGGGCCCCUCCGGCCCCCUGGGCCCUCCUGGCCCCCCAGGCGGCCCCUUCCAGCCCAGCCCCUUCCAGCCCGGCCCCUUCCAGCCGGGUCGCUUCCAGCCGCCGGGUCCGUUCGUGCCCAUCGUCCAGCAGAGCUUCGAUCAGGCCCCCGACGGUUCCUACCGCUGGAGCUACCAGUCGGCGGACGGCAGUGCCCAGGAGGCCACGGGCACGGUGACCAACCCGGGCUGA